GUAUAAAUCCACACUUCAAAACCCAUCAACGUCUCCCUCCAUCUCUCUGAUAGGGUUUUCUUUUCCUCUCUCUCUCUCUCUUCUUGAAUGCUCAGACGCUUCUCCUAAUCGAAGAAUCGCACCAUGUCUUUCCGCGGCAAGAAGCUCAUCAACGAUCCAAACGAUGUGGUGACGGAGUUCAUAGAGGGUGUUGUGGAGACAUUUCCGGGAUUGCAGUACUUGGAUGGAUUCCCUGAGGUUAAGGUUGUGCUUCGGGCUGAUGUUUCGGGUGGAACAUAUGACAAGGUUUCUGUUAUAUCAGGGGGUGGCAGUGGCCAUGAGCCUGCUCAUGCUGGAUUUGUGGGGGAAGGGAUGUUGACAGCAGCUAUUUGUGGCGAUGUUUUUGCAUCUCCGCCUGUUGAUUCUAUCUUAGCUGGUAUUCGAGCUGUUACUGGUCCCAUGGGAUGCCUUUUAGUGGUCAAGAAUUAUACCGGUGAUCGAUUAAAUUUUGGUUUAGCAGCUGAGCAAGCAAAAUCUGAAGGCUAUAAAAUAGAGACAGUUAUUGUUGGAGAUGACUGUGCUCUCCCACCACCUCGGGGAGUAGCUGGAAGAAGAGGUUUGGCAGGGACCAUUCUUGUCCAUAAGGUAGCAGGGGCAGCUGCUGCGGCUGGUCUUUCUCUUGCUGAUGUUACUGCAGAAGCAAAGUAUGCAUCUGAAAUGGUGGGAACGAUGGGUGUUGCCCUCUCUGUUUGUACACUUCCAGGCCGGGUCGCAUCGGAUCGUUUAGGCCCAGGAAAAAUGGAGCUAGGUCUUGGAAUCCAUGGGGAGCCUGGGGCUGCUGUUGCUGACAUUCAACCUGUGGAUGUAGUGGUAUCUCAUGUUCUAAAGCAGAUUUUAUCAACGGAAACUCAAUAUGUUCCAAUCACAAGGGGGAGUAGGGUCGUGCUCAUGAUCAAUGGAUUGGGUGCCACCCCCAUAAUGGAACUGAUGAUUGCAGCAGGAAAGGCAGUUCCUCAGUUGCAGCUGGAACAUGGACUGGCAGUUGACAGAGUGUAUACAGGAUCCUUUAUGACUUCUCUUGAUAUGGCAGGAUUCUCAAUUUCUGUUAUGAGGGCAGAUCAAGGGAUUUUGCAGCGGUUGGAUGCCCCAACUAAAGCUCCGUACUGGCCUGUGGGCGUUGAUGGAAAUCAUCCGCCCGCUAAGAUUCCUGUUCCAGUUCCACCAUCUCGUUCACCAAGGAGUGAGGAGGCACUAAGUCGACCUCAAGAGCUGAAUGAACAAGGUUACAUUCUUGAGGCUGCUAUUGAAGCGGCAACAAAUGCAAUUGUCAAUCUUAAAGAUAGUUUAAAUGAAUGGGAUAGCAAAGUAGGUGAUGGCGACUGCGGUUCGACAAUGUUUAGAGGUGCAACGGCUAUUCUUGAGGACAUGAGGAAACAUUAUCCUCUCAAUGAUGCUGCAGAAACGGUCAAUGAAAUUGGAGCUUCAAUCCGUAGGGUGAUGGGAGGCACAAGUGGGAUCAUAUAUGAUAUAUUCUGCAAGGCAUCAUAUGCAAAGCUGAAAGGAACAGACCCAUCAGCCAUUUCGCCCAAACAAUGGGCUGAUGCUUUUGAAGCAUCCAUAGCUGCAGUCAGCAAGUAUGGAGGUGCCAUCGCCGGUUACCGCACAUUGUUGGAUGCUCUUAUUCCAGCAUCGGCAGUUCUUCAAGAAAGGUUAGAUGCAGGGGAUGAUCCUGUGACUGCUUUUGUUGUUUCAUCAGAAGCGGCAUUGAGUGGUGCAGAGGCUACCAAACACAUGCAGCCACAGGCGGGCCGUUCAUCAUAUGUAACUGGAGAGAUCCUUGCAUCAGUCCCUGACCCAGGAGCCAUGGCUGCUGCAGCAUGGUAUAGAGCUGCAGCCCUUGCUGUUAAGAACAAAAGACAAGCUUUGUAAACUAACACAUCAUCAACAGCAGCUAGCUUUAGUGUUCGGCCCACUACAAUUCCAUACAUGACCCCAGUGAUUUUGAGAAUUUUUUUUUUCUUUUUCUUUUUUGGUUGUGACUGCGGAACUUGAUUGGUUUUCCGCCCAUGCUUUGCAUGAGCUGAGAAAGCGUUUCAUCUAGUUCAUUCCGACAUGUUAUAAAAUGAUGUAAAGAAGAAUGGUUGAGGAUCGGACUCUUUUCAUGAAUAAAGCUCUUAAAAUCUGAUCAUUACAAUGUA